AUGAUGACACCACAAGUAGAAGUGAUGGAGCUUACGGCGGCUUCGGCGGCGGCGCAACAGCAACAUCAGCACAUGUUGUUGGAUUUGCAAGCCCAACGCUUGGCAAGUUCGAUGGACGUUCCGACACUGCCCGAUCAAGUCCGUGUGGCGUUGCGAGAAUUGAAUUGUCCGGUUCGAUUGUUUGGAGAGAAUUUGGCCAAUGUACGAGAUCGAUUGCGUCUGGAAUUGGCCAAACGACAGGUCUACGGAGACCACUAUGGGAGUAGUACCGAUGCCGCUCUAGCACCCGAGACGAGCAGCAGUAGUGCUGCAGCAGCCGAAAAGGAAGAAACCAAAUACACGCGCGCGAUUCCGGCAUUGAUUGCCGCCCGUGAGAGGAUUGCCACGGCGUCUCUGGAACACUCGCGUCAACGAUUGGACAAAGAACGUCAAUUGCGCGCUUCCUACAAGGCACUCUACAAAAAGCGCAAAGCUGUCACAGAAAAUGAAAAUGUGGAUCCCAAUUCAUCCUUGGCAGAAGAACUCGACAAGUCGUGUUGUCGACUCUACCAAUCCUUGCAAAAAACGGCACUGGCGGGAUCGCAAUAUGGGGAUGAUCGACCGCUCAGUGCCAUGGGGACAUUGCGCGACAAGGUCUUUACGGCCAGUUGGAGUGCCACCUUGCAAUGGUGGGAUGGUAGUAGUCCCACUCUGGAUCUAUUAGGAAAGAAACGACAGGCUCAUGAAGAUCGAAUCAUGGGAGUUGAUGUCUUUGAAAGCAACAACAACAAUACCAUUUUGGCGGCCACGGCAUCCAUUGAUUUGACGGCCAAGAUUUGGAAAAUAAGAGAGGCCGAUAGUGUGAUGGAGGAUGCCAAUGAACGAGACGACAACAAACCAAAGAAGGAGGACGAGGAGGAAACUCCCUUGACUCAUGUCUUUGAGGAAGUUGCACAUCUCCAAGGACACGCGGCUCGACUCUGCAAAGUUGCCUUUCAUCCACUGGGAGAUUGGGUCGCCACAACGAGUCAUGAUCAUACGUGGAGAUUGUGGGACAUUGAAACUCAGCAGCAAUCCACAUCAACGGAAAACCAACAAGAGAUUCUCUUGCAAGAUGGACACGCCGACAAGGUAUUUGGCAUUGAUUUUCACCCCGAUGCCGGAUCACUUUGUGCGACCACCGAUUACAGCGGCAUGAUUCAUCUCUGGGAUCUUCGAACUGGCAAGACAGUCAUUCAGUACUAUGGACAUGCCGGUCGAGUAUUGCAGGCAAAAUUUGCUCCUACCAAUGGCUUUCAAUUGACUUCGGCGGGCGAUGAUGGAUGUCUCAAAGUGUGGGAUUUGAGACAUCGACGUCGUGUCAAGGGAGCCCCGGAGCCGAGACGGACCAUUCCAGCCCAUUCGAGACUCGUCACACAACUCGAGUACUUGCCGGACAGUGAUGAAUGCGUCGUUACCAGUAGUUUUGAUGGAACUGCCAAGAUUUGGUCCACGCGAGGGGAUUGGAAACUAUUGCAAACGUUGGAAGGGCAUGAAGGAAAAGUAACGGGAGUGGGUGUCGUGGUGCAAUCGUACGAUGACGCGGUCAAAAUGAACGACCAAGACCACCACAACCGACAUGGGGUUGUCACGUGCGGCUUUGACAAGACGCUCAAAUUGUGGAGGUACAGGUAG